UCUUCUCUCUUCUGAUAGUUUUGAGUGCGUGUCAAUUUUCGUCGCGAUUCCCACUUUAUAUUGGAGAAAAUUGUCGAAAAGUAGUUCUAAUUAAUAUAUUUAAAAAUUGCUGGUUUGGUUAAUACCAGAUUACGAUGGCCGAGCAAAUAAUGGAAACAGUAUCGGAGACCGUAAAAGGAAUUGUGGAUGCAGUCAAAAAUGCAACCAACACCGAAACGAUAACAAAUGAAAAAAAAGUCUCAACACCUGAAGGUACGGCGAUAGCCUAUGGGAGUUUAGUAAUUAUGGCUAUGUUGCCAAUAGUCUUUGGUUCCAUACGUUCAGUAAAAUUACACAAAGCGAGAAAGGUAAGCGGUGAAAAGGCUGAUACUAUGAGCAAGCAAGAUGCCAUGUAUUUUCCUAUUAUUGCUUCCGUGGCGCUUUUUGGUCUCUAUUUGUUUUUCAAGAUAUUUUCAAAAGAUCAUAUUAACCUCCUGCUUACUGGCUACUUCUUCUUUUUGGGCAUUAUUGCGUUGGCCCACUUACUUAGCCCCGUUGUGAACUCUUUGAUGCCCGCUGCUGUUCCAAAAAUACCAUUCCACAUACAUUUUACUAAAGGUGAAGGAAAAACCAAGGAAGAUCUCAUAAAUUAUAAAUUCUCCACACACGACAUUGUGUGUCUCAUCAUAUCAACCGCAAUCGGUGUGUGGUACUUGAUAAAGAAGCAUUGGAUUGCAAAUAACAUGUUUGGGCUUGCAUUCGCCGUCAACGGUGUGGAAAUGUUGCAUUUGAACAAUAUUGUUACCGGAUGCAUUUUGCUGAGUGGGUUAUUUUUCUAUGAUAUCUUUUGGGUUUUCGGCACUAACGUCAUGGUGACGGUAGCUAAAAGCUUUGAAGCGCCAAUUAAAUUAGUCUUUCCUCAGGACUGGAUAACUAAUGGCAUUAACGGUUCCAAUUUCGCCAUGUUAGGCUUGGGGGACAUAGUCAUACCAGGCAUAUUUAUAGCUCUCUUACUGCGUUUCGAUCAUAGUACGAAGCGCAAAAGUCGUAUCUAUUUCUAUUCUACUUUAAUAGCAUACUUCAUGGGUCUUAUGGCUACAAUUUUCGUCAUGCACAUCUUUAAACAUGCUCAGCCUGCGCUGUUGUAUUUGGUGCCAGCUUGCAUGGGUACGCCAUUGCUAGUCGCCUUAGUUCGUGGAGAAUUGAAAACCUUAUUCGCUUAUGAAGAUCAUCCUGAGGAGAAGACCGAAAAGAAGGAAAACAAGGACAGUGAAAAGUCGAAUAAAAAGAAAGAAUCUAAAAAGGCGAAAUGAUUAGCAGGCCAGCUAAGUACUGUCGUCUCGCCCGCUAGUAAUUUAAGUUCUAUAAAGCCCCACAAACGCCUUCAACAGCGCCCUAAUUCAUACGCCUAAAUUGUUCUAAAUUAUCCUUAAAAGUAUCCAAUGCAUACAGAAGCCGAUGUAAAUGUUUUUUAAUAUAUAAUGCUUUCAACACCAGACAUAUUUAGAGAAGAAUCAUGCUUUAUAUUCAUUAAUUUAAUAUGUAAAUAUGGCAAAGUUACAUUUAUCAGACAUAUACGAGCAGUAGAAUUUUUUUUUAAAGAGUUAAUCUAUUUUUUUACGCUUACCGAAGAGAAAUUUUAAUUUU